AUGAUUGGGAUUGCUUUCACGGGGUCUGGAAAGACCCUUGUUUUUGUGUUGCCACUCGUUAUGAUUGCAUUGCAGGAGGAGAUGAUGAUGCCAAUUAAUCCAGGGGAAGGACCUUUUGGAUUGGUUGUUUGUCGUUCUAGGGAGCUGGCUAGGCAAACUUUUGAAGUUGUAGAGCUAUUUCUUGAAUCUUUGAAAGAGGCUGGCUAUCCAGAGCUCCGGCCUUUGCUUUGCAUUGGAGGAAUUGAUAUGAAGUUGCAACUUGAUAUAGUGAAAAAAGGAGUUCACAUUGUGGUUGCUACUCCGGGGCGACUGAAGGAUAUGCUAGCAAAGAAGAAAAUGAAUGUAAACAACUGCAGAUAUCUGACAUUAGAUGAGGCGGAUCGUUUGGUGGAUCUAGGAUUCGAAGAUGAUAUUAGGGAACCCCCUAGGGGACCAGAUGAAAAUUCGGAUGCGGAUGGAGAUCCGGAAGAGGAUUUUGGAGGUGAAGAUGAGAAACAUAGUAAGGUGUUGAAAGCGGAAGUUAAAAAAUCGAGAGAGAGUCAAUCUGAGUCGGAUGUUUCUGCAUCUGAAUCCGAUGAUUCUAGGUCGAAGAAGGGUAGGAAAUCUGUCUCCGGGAAGAAAAGCAGGAGAUCUCCAUCGUUAUUUGAGAGUGGAAGCGAAUCUGCAUCAGAAUGCCGAUGA